AUGACAGGAAGAAGAAGGAGAAGGAGGAAGAAGAAAGAAUUAAAGAACUUACUUGCGCUUGCAGCUGCUGCGUAUCUCCAGUUGCUCUGCGAAGAAGAGGCGCUAUCCCAUCAACUCGUGAAGAAGACGAUGUUAGGUGCAGCAAGGUGUAACAGUAACGGGCUAGUGCCUAAGCCUGUUUUGUUUCACUAA